GCCUGGCGUUUGACCUACGGGAAAGUAGUUGCCUUAAUGUAGGAAUCCCAUGUUGAUCGUUUCACCGCUUUCAGACUCUCGGGUCGAUGGUGGUGAUGCAUGCAUCAUCCUUCUAUGCGUUGUACUUGGUGCCUGGUCAAACCGGCUGUUCUCACCUGCUCGGCCUGCAUACACCGAAGUCUUGGGAAUUUCCCUCCCCUCUUUUUCCCCCAUUAAUCACACGCACUGACGACUGGUUCUCAGUUCUUCUUAACCCUACUAGUCUUCUAACUUAUCUACUUGAUGGCUUCGGACCAUACAAAUCAUGUCUUUUAUCUUUUUGUUUAACUGUAUGUGGUACAGAUGUGCACCUAACUAGUAGAACUGGGUACGUUCAGAAGAUAGGCAUUCUUGACGCUUGCUUCUGUGCGCUACUAGUACCUUCCUUAAUGGCCACCUCACUUUCCCAUUGUUCGAUGACAAGUCAAUCACACCCCCAACUUGAGAUCCACGAAUCUCUGCAGAGCAGCAUUGCUGCAAGCCUCGCAUUUAUUUUCCUUAAACGACAUAACCUUAGAACCAAGGAUCGAUUUGAGAGAGGGGGGUGGGAAGAGAGAGAGUUGUGGCUUCCCAGCUAUCUCCUUCCCUUGGGGAAUCAUCACGGGGCACGUACUAUACUAGCUGGCUUAGUACUUUAGCUCCCCCUCUCUAAAUCCAACUAGAUGAAAGGCAGCAAUUACCGACCAGAAAAGUUACCCCAUCGAGGUUCUAACUCGAUUGCGAAGUUCUGGGUUAAUUACACGACCAGCAAGU